CAUCUUUGCAGGGCGCGCCGGCUCGGGUAGGUGGCUCCUCUCGCCGCGCGACGGGGCUGCAAUGCGGGGCUCUGGGCCGCUGCCAAGAGAGGUGGAGCCAGCGGGCCCCUCGCUCCCCUCGCCCGGCCUUUCCUCCCUCCCGCUCACGACUUGGCCGCCUAUAAAGCAGCAUCCCUGCAACCGGCGCCUUCUUCUUCCUCCUCUUCAUCCCCAGCGGGAACUUCUCAGACCUGCUCGGGGAGCGCCAGGCCGCCGCCGGUCCGCUUCUUGCUCGCCCUUCGGCCCUUCAUCAUGAGCCACCUCCGCGCCACCUCGUACCGCCGCGCCUUCGGGCCGCCGCCCACGCUGUCGCCGGUGUCGUACUCCUCCUCGUCGUCGCGCUUCGCCUCGGCCUCCUCGGCCGGCGCCACGCGGCUGCUGAGCACGCCGUCGCCGGGCGCCUCCCUGCGCUCCUACCGGGGCAGCGGCGGCGGCGCCUUGUACCUGCGCUCGAGCACCCCCUCAGCGGCGGCGCCGCGCUACGCUUCCUACGGGGCCGAGAAGCUGGACUUCUCGGUGGCCGAGGCGCUGAACCAGGAGUUCCUGGCCACGCGGAGCAACGAGAAGCAGGAGCUGCAGGAGCUCAACGACCGCUUCGCCAGCUUCAUCGAGAAAGUGCGCUACUUGGAGACCCAGAACGCCGCCCUGGUGGCCGAGCUGGGCCGGGCGCGCGCCAAGGAGCCCCCGCGCGCCGCCGACCUCUUCCAGGACGAGCUGCGCGAGCUCCGCCGGCAGGUGGACGCCCUGGGCAAGGACCGCGACCGCCUCCAGGUCGAGAGGGACAACAUGGCCGAGGACCUGGCCGCCCUCAAGCAGAGGCUGGAUGAGGAAAUGCACAAGCGUGAAGAUGCUGAGAACAACCUGGUUCUUUUCCGCAAGGAUGUGGAUGACGCCACCCUUUCACGCCUGGAGCUGGAACGCAAGAUUGAGUCCCUCAUGGAUGAAAUUGAGUUCCUCAAGAAACUACAUGAGGAGGAGAUGAAUGACAUGCAGGUGAGCAUACACAGCCAGCAGCAGGUGCAGGUGGAGGUGGAGCAAGCUAAGCCAGACCUGACAGCUGCCCUGCGAGACAUCCGCACCCAAUAUGAAAGCAUCGCUGUGAAGAACCUGCAGGAGGCUGAAGAGUGGUACAAAUCCAAGUUUGCUGACCUGUCGGAUGCAGCCAAUCGGAACCACGAGGCCCUUCGCCAGGCCAAGCAUGAGAUGAACGAAUCUCGACGCCAGAUUCAGACUCUGACCUGCGAAGUGGAUGGGCUCAAAGGAACCAAUGAAGCCUUGCUGAGGCAGAUGAGGGAGCUGGAGGAACAAUACGGGACGGAAGUGAGCUCUUACCAGGACAACGUGGCGCGGCUGGAGCAGGAGAUCCAGCACAUGAAGGAGGAGAUGGCGCGGCACCUGCGGGAAUACCAGGACCUGCUGAAUGUCAAGAUGGCCCUGGACAUCGAGAUUGCCACUUACCGCAAGCUGCUAGAGGGGGAGGAGAGCAGGAUUUCAGUGCCUGUCCAAUCCAUGGCUUCUCUCAGCAUCAAAACACAAGUUUCAGAGCCGGAGCCAGCCAUAGAGACUCAUACCAGUACCAGGAAGACGGUCCUGAUCAAAACCAUUGAGACCCGUGAUGGAGAGGUGGUGACUGAAUCCAGGAAGGAACAAAUGGCUGAAAUAGAGAAGUGAGAUCCGUCCCCCUUGGGGGCCCCCUCCCCGCCGACGUGCUGUGGAGCCAGGCGCUUCGCUAAUCACCAUACAGAAGAACUCCUAGCAGCCGAUUCCCCGUUUUCCUCACAAAGCCACACUGGCCUUACUGAUGGUGAUGAUGAUACCUCUUACCUCUGACAGCCUUUCCACACUGUAUGCCAGGCUUUCCAAGCAAAUUCUUCUCCUUUAGUGUGCACUUCUAGCCUUCUUUGGGGCAGCCUGGUUGUGAACCCAGCAAUAACCUCACGUAUGGGCUGGGGGAGUGGGGAUGCCUUCUUAAACCCACUCCCCUCUUCCACUGCCUCUUCCUCCCUCUUUCUACCACAUAGCCUCUUGCCAUCCUUCCAGCACCCUUCUUGUCUUGAAAGGUAGCCUUUCUUUGAUCUGCCUCAGCCCCAACCAGGUACAAAUAUUUGUCAGGUACAUUUGGGUCUAAAACUGGGGUGAUGCUGAUCAGGUAGGUCCUUAGGUCUUCAGGGACCUAACAAGCUAGCAGACUCUCAGCAGCUGGCAAGUUUCGUUAGGCAACACCAAUCUAGAAACACCAAAGAGGACCAAAAGCUUGGUCUCAGUUUUAUUCUGUGUGCUCAUCGCUGCAACCUGUCACCACUUUAGAGUGAACACGAACACCUCUCAUUAUGAUAAGAUCUUUCGCCAAGGUUAGGACUGUGAGGCUAUAGAUCACCCAAGUUCUCAGUUCAAAUCCUGCCCCUACUGUCAAUCACUAGGUGGUUCAUUGGCCAUCCCAGCCUUACAAUAUAAGAGAGAAUAAAAGUCAUUUUCUUUACAGCCCCAUUUGAGGAUGGUCAUGGAACAUUUUGAGAAUAUUACGAAAGUUACAACCCUCCUUCCCAGGGAAAAAAAGGCACAUAUAUUCCACAACUUGCAAACAAUUAAUUUUUUAAAAAAAUCAAUCAAUUAAUUAAUUUUUGGUCCCCAGUUCACAGACCUUUAAAGCCAAUCCCUGGACUCUUGUGCUGCUGAUGGACCACAGGCUGAGACCAUGAACCUACAGGUUUGCUGUGAGGAUGACAAUGAGAGAAGUGCUUUGAACACUCAAAAGAGCUAUAGCAAUGCUAAGCCUCAUUAAAUUCCACAAGUUUUCCCAGAUCUAAUGAAAAUGGGUGAUCACAAAACAGAUACUUUUUUUGGGAUUUCCAAACCAAAUUUACAAUUUGCAGGAGAAUCUUCCAAAAAAACUUUUUAAAAAAAGAGUGGCUGCCUAAAGAAUUGAUUUCUUUCAGGGUGCCAUGGAUUCUUCACACAGCACACUCCCAAGUGACAAAUGUUACCACUUGAUCCUAUAGAUGUUUGCUCAGAACUAAGGCCCACUGAACAUUUAUUCACUUCACUCCUAGGCAGACGUGUCCUGUCCUUUCUAUAGCAGCCUUGAAGUCACUGCUUUGCCUUUCAAAGGAUAUCUUUGUUUUUUUAAAGAGGCAAUUCAUACACCUCUAAUGUGAAAACCUUUUUCCCAUCUGAUAAACUUUGAACCUUGCUGAACCCUUGCCUCUCCUUUAUUCUUUUAAUGUCUUCAACUGUUUGUACAAACCCAACAUUUCUUAUUUCCAUCGAUGGAAAGUUCUGUGAGAUGUAGAAUAACACUGUGGUUGGUUCAGCUCUUGUUGAUCAAGAUCACCAUCUAUGCUGCAUGCAGGUGAAUAUUACAUUGGUGAGAAAGGCAGAUGAUCAAGCAAUAUUUAUAGAGUGGUGGUCCUUAACCUUAGGUCAUCUACGUUUUGGACUUCAUCCCUCAGAAAUACUGUUCAGGAAUUCUGGGUGCUGAUGUGCAAAUAGGGCAGCAGGCCAGAGACUAAGAACCACUACUUAAGCAUUUGUUUAUUCCUGUUCCUAAAACAGGCCCAGAGGGAAUGACGUUUCAAUGGCAGAUUGUAUCGCUAUAAGUUUGAGGCUGUGUGUGUGUGCAAUUUGUUGUUUAUGGGCAACAGAAAUAAAUGGGGAAGGAACAGGAGUGUUGUAAGGAAGCACAGCCCUACAAGUUCCAGGACAGGACAAAAAUGGUCCCCAUCAGAAGUUGCUCACCCUUGAUUCAUAUACUUUGAGUGAACACAAUUUUUAAAAAUGAUGUAAUAAACAGAGGUAAAGUAUAUACAUCUAAAAACUGAUUUAUUACUUAUCAACAUCCCUCUACUGGAACUGUGGGUUCUCGUGGAUACUAAAGCUAAGCUCUUAUCAGUGUGACACCUUUUUCUCAGAUCUGUAUUUCCGGUGGUUGUGCCUGCAUUUAGAGUUUUAUCUCCUUUGACAUCCUGUCUUUCUGCUUCUGCCUUCCCAUCAUCACCAGUUCUGUUUUUCCUUCCCUCAUUCUGCCCUUAAUGCUCCAUCUUCUUUCCCUUCAGAGAUGUCUUCUUUGCUGAAGCUUUGCGAAGCACAUAGCAACCACAGCUUUUCAUGGGGGUGGGGAAAUCAUUUACAGUGGUGCCCCCCUAGACGAUUACCUC